UGGAGAGAGGAGAGUGAGUGAAAAAGCAGAGGGAGAGGGGAGAAAUAACAGACGGUAGGGAUGUGUGUGAGUGUGCGGUGAAAGGUGGUGCAGGUACAGUCAGAGCCGGAUACAGGUUUUGUAGCCGCACCGGACCGCGGCAAAACCUCCUCAGAGCCUGCCUCUCUCCUCUUCGUCUCCCCCCUUACUCCGCAAUGUCUGGCGGAGGAGAGGUACGCGUCGUCCGCCAAGAGCCCGGACAAGAGAGCCCGAGGAUGCCGGCCUGGAAGCGAGAAAUCCUGGAGAGGAGGAAGGCGAAGGGCGGCGGGUCUGGAGGAGCCGGUGCCGCGGAGACCAGCCCCGUCAGUGCGGGCUCGCAGCGGGUUAACGGUGAGCAGACGGGAAAUGUGAACGGUAACACCGGCAGCGGACCGAGCGGCGGGUCCGGGCGGAGCUACACCAUCACCACAGCCAGUCAACACUUCGGCAACAACAAAGAGCCGACGGACGCGGAGAGGACGACACCGAGGGAGUACACCAGACAGGAGAGCCUGGUGCUACAAGAGAGCCUGGGCCCCCUGGAGGAGAACCCCUUCAUUAAGCUGGAGAAGGAGCGGAGGAGGCGACAGGACCGAGAAAACACCGCCCGUCCGGUCCAGCACAUCCUUGAGCUGUAUGGCAGUGUACCCGGUAUACGGACUAUACGUGCAGACAAUAUUAUCAUAAUUGAGUCGGACCCGGAUUACUUUCCGGAAGCUGGAGGGGCACACAGCGGGUCCAAAUGGCAGCAAAACGGUGUCAGUAGUUACGGUGUCAGUAGUUACAGCUCCCUGAACGACCUCCUGGACCGGAGAGGGAGUGCUAUUACUGAGAUAAGGGCCAAGGAAGUGGUAAUUUAUGACACCACGUUAAGCAAGAGUGAGGAGAACUUGAGCACCCUGGGCCGCCCUGAUCAUGAGUCUGCAUCAUAUGAGACCGGUGAGGGUCAGGGCAGGGUUAGCCGGAUGCUGCAGAAGUUUGACUGCAACUACGGGAAGCUGCAAAAGAAGUCCCGCAGCACAGAGAACCUGCUGGAUCUGGAUUGUAGUGCCAGUAGCAGGCCACGACUCUGGUCCAGGCCACAGCCAGAUCUGGUGCCAAAGGUCAGGCAAGGCCCGUCGGUCAGCAGCCAGCCAUCAUCGCCUGUCUUCCAGAGUCCCUCGUCUUCCAGACCAAAGCCACAGCCUGCUUUCUCUGAACUGGGCAGCCCCCAGUGCCUUGCUGGGACAACUCUACCUGUGUCUCCUUUCCGUCAGCGGUUUGCGGAGAGUGGAGGCCCUGGAGCUGAGCCAGAAAGGGCCCAAACCAAGCCCAUCAGAGAGAGGGACUGGGAAGGCUCUGAGGUGCCACCAAAACCCAAGGUGCCAUGCUCUCCAGAGACCCGUCGUGUCCGUGCUGAGCCCCCCUCAAGCCCAAUCUCAUUCAAGGUGUCUCGCUCCUCAUCUGACUUCGAAAUCCGUCCCUCUCCAAAGCCAGACCUCGAUCGUAUUCCUGAUGGGGACACCCAGGCACGGGCCCUCGCUAACCUGCGCCUGCAGUCCCGUAACUCCUUCACAGUCAUUCCCAAGCGGCGUCCUGCUGCCUCAAAUGCAACAGACAGCCCUGCACCGUCCAGCCCUUUCAAGUCUUCCCCUUCCCACAGAGUGGCAGAGGUGUCCACACCAGGACUGCCAACCUCGUCACCCUCGAAGAGGACUGAGGAGAAACUGCUGGAGGAGAAGGAAGCAGAGAGGCUGAAGAGGCUUUCAAAGCCUUCAUCUCCUUCUGUUGCCGCAAGUCCUUCUCCGACCUCCGAACCUUCAUCUCCACCUCCUGCUCCAACACCAGCUCACUUCUCUCCUCCUGCCCCGUCAUCCCCCUCCUCUUCUCCGCCUGUCCCGUCUUCACCCACCUCUCAUCCGGAUCUGUCAGACUCCCCAGCCCCAUCACCUGUCCCUUCUACCCCCUCCCCAGCUCCAGAACAACCUCCUGUGGAUCAGUUGCCUGUAACGAACAUAGAUGACAUUGAAGUGGAGCCCCAGAAGCAGCAUGUCCCUGCUCCCAGCCCCAUGGGGCAGAGGAGAAAGGGGAACACCUUCACCGUGGUCCCUAAGCGUAGGGUGGAGGCCGAGGGCCAGCCCAGCUCCCCUGAGCCCCAGCAGGAGGCCUCAAGUGAGGCUCCCCUGGCGUCCACACCCCCACAGGCCCCGUACGCUCAGCUGGGCUCCCUGCUGAAGAAACGCUACCCUGCUGUGGAGGAGAUCGAGGUCAUCGGUGGGUACCUUUCCCUCGCAAAGUCCUGCAUCUCCAAGACGGGCUCCACGGGGAAGAAGCUCAAGAUCUCAUUCAAUGAGUCGAGUCUCCAGAGUACGUAUGAGUAUCCGUCGGAGAACGGCGCAUGGGACAGUGGGGACGAGGACGAGGAUGAGGACGAGAUGCACGAUGAGAAGGUGUCUGACGAGCAGCCGAGCAUGGUGGGACGCAUCCACAUCCCCCGACCCAGCUUCUCCAUCUCCCCAACGCACACCAACAACAGUAAUGACCUUUCGAGCUACAUUCCCAAGCACUCUGUGGACUUCAGCGCCUGGCAGGAGCACAAACAUGAGGACAGUGUUUACCAGGAGGAGAACGGCUCCCAGACGACUCAGAUGACGGAGGAAGUGAUGCUGACCCCCGCAGACAGCUCCUCUCUGUCGGACUACAGCAGCGAGCCGGCUCUUUACUUCUGAUCAGCGGACCAACAGCUGUCCAGUAGCAUCACAGCUGUGGGACCAGCCUCUAAAAGCACAUCGUCCUGAUCUCACAGGCAACACAGUAUUUAGUUUUUCGGCUGUUUCCUGCCACGGAACCGCCACAUGCUACGCUAUCAACCGCAUAUCAGAGCAGAUUUGCCAGGUUUCGAUUCCCACCUUCCUCCUGACCAAACAAAUUGAAAAAACAAAGCAGCUGGACUGUCUUUACCCUGCGAUCCCGGACGGUUGAUCUGUCCACAUCGUCCCUCACAAAACCUCGAAAAUUGCUUGAAAUCUAUCUAGACUGGCCUCUCCAAACCCCCCCCCCCCCCCCCCCCCCCCCCCUCCUGUCAUUAUCUGCUUCCAAGUCUUCAACGUUUGCCUCCGGGUUUUUGGGAGCUUAAAAAAACCAUACUCCUUACAGAGAACAGGAGGCCGCCAGUGGCCACAUGUAGGUGUCGCCACGGGAACAGUGUUAGCAUGGAAACAUGUCAUUUAGGACGUGGAGGACGCGUCUGCUUGUGUAGAUCGCCGGCACACUCAAACACACAAAAACACACAAAAAAAUUGCAAAAGGGUGCCACAAUUGUUUUGUUUUUGUACCUGCAUGUGUUGAUUUCAGCCAACAAGCUUGGCUGUACUGUAAAGCUUCCGUAUGCCUUUUUAGUUUUUGUAUGUCUUCUGGCAAACUAUGCUGUAUUGAAGCUGCAGCAGAAGAGUCUUAACAGCAAGCAAACUUCAACACAUUUUCCCCCAUUCGUGACGAGGAAGGGGAAUUAUGCACCCCAUGAUUACACGCUUGAAAAAAAGUGACCUUGGCCAAUAAUGUCUGUACGUCCGUUGACGAAAUCAAGAUCAUCAUACUGUAGAAUGUUUCCGUAUAUCAAGGUGUCUGCGUCCCGUUUAAAAAAAGCUGUUGGCCAACUUUUUAUCCUGGCUUCUCGUGUAUUUAUUCCCCGCUUACAGUUGAAGUUUGCAUGUCAGAGACCUGCUCAUGUACAAAACCACUUUUGUAAAGAUAUCUGCCGGUGCGGACGGACGUUUUUUUUGUUGUUUUCCAGUCGGACCUCAUGUACUUUCACAUUCCACGGAGGAAGAAAUCGGUCCUUAUGAUCAUGUUUGUGAGAGCGAGUGUGUUUUUGAAAGGAUAUGAAAUGAUUUUUUUUAAUUAAGAUUGUUUUUUAUAUAUAAGAAUGCACCAUGUUUCCAGAUUUUUUUAACGCAUAAUGCCAAGUGAUUAAAGUGUUGCUGUAACGGCCUCACAUUCGUUCUGCUCCCGUCCCUCGGCCAGUAUUGUUGUACAGUUUUCAUAAGAUUUAUUUCUUACUCUCUUUUUCUUUCAUUUCUCCAAUCAGAUGACAUUUGUUCAGUCCUCGAAGGUUUGUGCUGUUAGGAGACGUUUCGUCUUUGUCGGAGGAAUUGUAGGAAUUCUAUGUUUUGUCUGGAGUCUUGGAUGUUUAAUGUCUUUGCACUGUCUUGCUUUUAGCCUUGUUUUGCACCUCAUGAGAAGGCGACAGAGGAUAUGUGCACUUAAAAGAAGUCUAGUUGAAGAGUUUUGUUUCCAAACAAAAGCCACUUUUUACACCUGUUAUUCUGCACCCAGUGAUUGUAUGUCAGAUACAGGACAUGGGUAAGGCAGAAAACAUUUUUAGAAUAGAAUUGGAAUAUAACUCUUCAAUUGGAUGCGAUGAAUGCACUGCCGAUGAAUGCCAUGACCACUCUUUUUACUCUGUUUGCCGCAGCCUUGCAACAUCAAGUCUUAUGAUUGUCGUCCUUGUCUCUCGGACCACAAACUGUAGCGUUCCACACAGGUGAGGGCCUCAUGUUUGGCCUAAAAUGAACCCAAAAUCUGUUUUUUGGUCAGUUGAGCUGAUCAUUCAAAGACCAUACCAGUGUUUUGCAAGUUUUAGCCCAUUUUAUUACAAAUCCCAUAUACUGUACUCCAUCUAUUGAGCAAACCGUACGACUGUGGUUUAAGAGUUUGAAUGUAUUUUUUAACCGAAAAAGAUGUCCAUUGAUUUCCACUCUAUUUUAUACGGUAUGAAAAUCUACUAGAAGCUUAAAAGGUAUACCCCCAUAAUGACCAACAAAAUAUCAACUUGUGUAAAAUUGAAUUCUUGAUGACAAAAGUCCAAAACUGGAAUAAAUCUUGAUGAGUUAAAGUAAACGGGCCGUGUUCAACAAAAGGUGACUAUAUCAAAACAUCAGAUUAAAGACACUGCCUCAUAAACAACUGUCUCUUAACUUGUAAAGGUGAGCAUUGUCUCUGUUUUGGGCAAGUAUUUUUAAAAGCAAGGUUUCAAACUCAAGUUUUUUGAGUUUGUAAAAAAGUGUUUUGAUAUAGUUUCGCUGUUGUGAAACGUGGCUUCCAUUUACUUCCAUUCAUCAAGAAUGUUCUCCAUUUUCUUUCGCCCUUGGGCAUGCAAGAAUAACAAAUGAUCUUGAAACAAGAUGAGGAAUCUGAAUAAGCAUUCUGUUCUCUUUACUCAAUGCCAAAGACAUAUUCCAAUCCCUCACAAAAUUAUGUUAACGUUCAAUAUCCUGCCCUUAAACUACAUUACUAUCAUUCAUUAGCAUAAUCAAAUCAAAAUCAAAUCAAGGUUUAUUUAUAAAGCACAUUUAAAAGCGAUUUUUGGUCGGGCCAAAGUGCUGUACAUGUAAUAACUACAAUCACAUAAAAACACAUUUCUAUAAUCACAAUAAAAGACAAUAAAUAAAACACAGGGAAAAGUCAGGAGUCGUGCUCCGCUUUGACUAGAAGGCCAGGGAGAAGAAGUGUGUCUUAAGAGUAGAUUUAAAAACCCCUAGGGUCUGGGCCGAGUGUUCCAGAGCCUCGGGCCAGCUGCUGCGAAGGCUCGGUGCCCUCUGGUUUUGAGCCUGGUCUUGGGCACUAUCAGCAACAGCUGGUCAGCAGACCUUAUAAUGUAGGGUCACUUACGUGUAACUGUCAAAACUCAAUGCAGACUUGAUGUUCUGGUUGAUGGAUUCCACAACUCAGAAGUCUAAUAUUACAUUUUCAUACCAUGAGGAAAUGAAUGGAAACCAAUGGCUGCUUGAAUCAAGGGAGGAAACACAAUCAGCCAAAGUGGUCACAUGAUCUGUAAACACACUGGUAUGGUUCUUAACAUUGAAUUUGGCCUCACUUGGACAUGCUGUGGUGCUAACAGUCACAUGACAACACACCUGUGGAUGCAUCUGUGCUGACUGCUGCCUUCAAUGUCCAACACCCAGAAGAGGACGUCCACUUAUUGUGGGAAACUUUCCUUGGACUGAAGGACCAAAAGAGGCAGAGUGAAUUUUGGGAAUCCCCACUGAUCGUCUAAAAUAAUCCCGGCGAGGACUUUUUCUUUUGACCACUAUUGGAACUUCUGAAGUGUACAUGUGUUUGCUAUCUGCCUCCUGAGCAGUUGGUUGUAGCGCCUCUGUGGUAGAAGCUUCUCCAUCUUCUCGUUUACUUUACUUUUCCCCCCUCGUCUGUAAAUCUCCAUCGCAGCAGAUGUGCUUACUGUAAUUAUUGUCAACGAUUUGGGCAAAUAAAACAAAAAAGUGAUGUCAUACUUGUACAAAUGAAAGCUCAAUAAAUAGAAUACUUGAACAAAUGUAAA